GCGCUGGGCACAAUGGCUGCUCCUUUGCUUUACGCUGACUUCUGUCAGUGUGAGCUGUCACCUUAAACUUGGUCAGAAAUCUUCCGAGUACCUCUUUGCAUGGAGCUAGCCUUGGGUUUUUGUGUCAUUGAUGGCCUAUGCUAAUCUAGUUAAAUUUGUAUCACCGAACACCUAGUUUAAUUGCGUGGGGUGUCAGUCAACAUGAAAAUCAGACAGCGAUGUCGACUGCUUCAUGCAACUUACGCGGCCAGAACUAGCGUUAGGCCAAGUGCCUGACAGCUACGUGUAACAUUUUCGUCAAGUCUUAAGGUCCAACCUAAGCUGUAAUCACUGGUGGCAAUGGAUGGAGCUGAGGCGAAUCCACCUGAUGAGGACUUGGAAGAUCCGCCAGGACAGCAACAUCAGCAACGAUUUCGUUCCAGGACAUUCUUUGUCACAACUCUCAGAUACAAGAUAUCUGAUCUGCAUACUCUUGCAGAUGGAAAGGCUACUAAAGAGUCCAUUAUUGAACAGCUGCAUAGGGAGUGCCAAGAAGUACCUCCAGGAGCAGGUUUGUCCUUAUCAUUAAGGAAUCAGCUGGAAACCUAUUCCAAGGAAGUGAGAAGGGCAAUGGUAUCUGUAGUAGGGAGUGAUGGCUGUGCUCCACUCUUCAUUGCUUGCAGGAGAGGAAAUCUCAUGAUAGUUGACUACCUCAUUGAUACCUGCAAUGCAGAUCUCGAGCAGAAAGGUUCAUACAAAGUUCCUGACGACCAGUCUGUUCAUGAAGUUACCCCAUUAUGGUGUGCAGCAGUGACUGGGAAUUUAAAUGUUGUCAAGCGACUCAUCAAAGCUGGGGCAGACAUCAAUGCAGUUUCAGAUUCUGGUUCUACUCCAGUCCGAUCAGCUUGCUUCAUGACACAUCAUGAUGUUGUGGAGUAUCUGGUGAAGAGUGGUGCAGAUAUCCAUCGUCCCAAUUACAAUGGAGGGACUUGCCUCAUCAAUGCAGUCCAAAGUGCUCCAUUGUGUCGACUCCUCCUUCAGUCUGGUGCCAGGGUGAAUGCCCAGGAUAUUCAGUUGAAAACAGCUUUGCAUUAUGCCAUACAAGAACAUAGGUUGGAUAGUGUGAAAGUGCUUCUGAGAUACGGUGCUGACCCGAUGCUCCGAAGUCGGCAUGGGGAUGAUGCUUUGCACACUGCGUGCCUACAUGGAUCAGUUGAGGUCCUUGACUUUCUCACUCAACAUGUCAAAUACCCUGCAGAACGAGUGAUUGAGGCAUAUGAGCUGAUGGGUUGUACAUACAUGGAUGGGUUCCGUGAUCUUCCCCUUGCUGUCUCAUUUUGGAAGAAGGCCCUUUCACUGAGAGCAUCUAACAGUAUUGAGAAGUCUUUGUCUCCCAGCUUAGAGGCCUUUGGUCAUGUGAGGGAAUUUGCCAGUUUGGAGGAGCUGGAGUCUGCAGCUCAUGACAUUGAUCUCCUGAGAAUGAUGAGUGUUGUCAUGAGUGAAAGGAUUCUUGGUCCUUACCACAAAGAUCUCCUUUUCAGGCUAAUGUACAGAGGAGCAGCUUUUGCAGAUGCUGGGCAGCCUCACUUAUGCAUCAGGCUGUGGACAGAGGCUCUCAAACGAAGGAUCUCUCAUGACACCAUCCUCUACACAGAGACCUAUUUUGCUGCUCAAGCACUGACACGACUUUUUUUGGACUUGUACACAGAAAGAAAUUUGGCUAGUACUCAGGUGAUGAAGGUCCUGGACCUUCUUAUUGAGAGUAUUCCGGGAGCUAUGCUCCUGCUGAGCCCUGCACCAGUGUUCCGCAAACAGACAGACUGCUUUGACCGAAUCCUCAGAAUUAUUGUGCAUCUUCUUCACAUACUUAUUGCUGUACAAACAGAUGAGAAGGAUUUAGUGGUGAGAAUUCGUCAUCUGUUGCAGCUGAAUCCUACCUCCAGCCAGGGUGAUACCCUCCUUCACAUGUCUGCUGCUUCCAGCAGUUUUAGGCCACCAAAUUUCUUCGAUGAGAAUCAGUUCCGAAUUUUUCCCAAUAAACCUGUAACAGAAUGGCUCUUGAAAUGUGGAGCCAAUUCAAAUGCCAUUAACCUUCAUCUAUCUACACCUCUGCAUUAUGCCUCCAUGCCUCACAAUUAUUCCCCAGAAAUCCUGGAAUGUCUUCUGUCAUAUGGAGCUCAUUUAGAUCAGAGGAAUGCUGAUCUGAAAACUCCCUGGGAGUAUCUAGUGAAGAAUCCAGAUUGCCCAAGUCACAUCUUCACUCCUCUGAGCUUGAAGUGCCUAUCAGCACAGAGCAUCAUUCAGCAUAACCUUUCCUUCCGGGGGAACAUCCCUCAAAGCCUCGAAUAUUUUGUGUCCAUCCAUUAAGAGAUGUGCACUUUGAAUUUGUGAUACCCCUCACCAGUGUCUAUCUCUCCCUUUCUCUACAUUGCUUCCUUUCCAGUCAUCAGCUCAGGUCC